AUGAUCUGUAAAUUACAAGUGCAAGUGGUGACCGGUAUGGAUGGACGUGAUCCUGUUUCAAUAAAAUCGGUUAAAAAAAAGAUCCGCCGAUCGCAACCAGUUGGAAGCGAUUCAAGAACGCAGCCUUCGUCCUCCGCUUCAGUUCACUUUGAAAAUUCAGUUUAUGAUCAGUCAUCGAAGAUGAGUGGACUGUACGAUGGAUGGAAUGAAAUUCUAAAGAUUCAGAAGUUCCGGAGAACGGUGGGAUACACUAUUUUCUUUUCUUUCUCGGCGCUCAUUAGCUAUGCCUACAACUCCAACACGACACGAGCUGGAUUCUCAAGAGGUGAUCAGUUUUAUGCAUCUUAUCCUGCAGGGAGUGAGCUUUUGACUGAUACUACUAAAUUGUAUAAAUCUGCACUUGGGAAUUGCUUCGAAGAGGAAGAAUGGGGCCCGAUUGAAUGGUCUGUAAUGGCCAAGCAUUUUGAACGUCAAGGGAAAUCACCGUAUGCGUAUCACGCUCAAUAUCAGGCUCACCUUGCUUCUAAUGGAAAUCUUGAUGGAAGUGGCUAGAAUGUAAGCAUCCAGCAGGAGUAGGAAUCACAUGUAUUCAUGGAGCAUUUGCAAUUUCAUUAAGACUAAUACUAAACAAGCCUGAUACUUAUGAGCUUAUGAUGAAUUAUACAUCAAUGGUGUAACGUUGUGAUCUAGGUCAAUGAGUUUUUAUGUUACUUUUGGCCACUUUUUCUUGCAAAAAUAUUCUAUAAAUUAGUUUUUUUUUUCUUUCUACUAUAUUUGAAUCAUGGUGGAAGAGGUACAAUGUGUCUUUGAAUCUUAUUGUAAAAGGUAUGAGAGUAUAUGAAUGAAUUGGGUUUAACUUUUAA